GGCCCGGCGGCUCCCAUGGUGAACCGAGCGCGGGCGGAGCGGCGCGAUGCCGGGGCGGGCAGCCCGGAGAACAUGUUCGAGAGCUCGCGGAGGAUGCGGAGCCUGUGGGACGGCGUGAGGCUGGAGGUGGCCGGCGAGAGCGGCAGCCCCGUGGUCCUGCACAGCUUCACCCAGCUCGACCCCGACCUGCCCCCGCUGGAGAAGCUGAGCCCUGGCAUGGCGAGGGAGGCCGGAGCAUAUGGUGGCUGUUUGGGAAGGAGAGGAGCACAGCUGAAGAGCUCCACGCAGGAGAUCGGAGAAGAGCUGGGAGACGGCGUGAUCUACAGCAUAUCGCUCCGGAAGGUGCAGCUCCACCACACAGCCAACAAGGGGCAGCGAUGGCUUGGGUUCGAGAACGAGUCAGCCUUGAACCUCUACGAGACGUGUAAGGUGCGGACAAUAAAAGCCGGGACCCUGGAGAAGCUGGUGGAGUAUCUGGUCUCAGCCUUCAAGGGCAAUGACUCCACCUACGUCACCAUCUUCCUGUGCACGUACCGGGCCUUCGCCACCACCAAGCAAGUGCUAGACCUGCUGCUCAACAGGUACGGCAAACUGCACGUCCAAGUGAAUGGGGACCACGCCAGACACGCUGUGGAUGAGAGACUGGAGCUGAAAAACACCAUCUCCUCCAUCCUGGGUGCCUGGCUGGACCAGUACUCUGAAGACUUUCGCAAGCCCCCAGACUUCGCCUGCCUCAAGCAGCUCAUCUCCUAUGUGCGCCACAACAUCCCCGGCUCGGACCUGGAGCGGAGAGCGCGGAUCUUGCUGGCCCAGUUCCAGCAGCCGGAGCACAGCGAGACAGAGCCAGACGCUGUGGACCAGACCAGCUGCACCUUCCGGAUAGUGGAGGAGAACGGACUGGGGGAGGAGAAGCCAGACUUCCUCGCCUUCUCCCAGGAGAUGGUGGCCGAGCAGUUCACGCUGAUGGAUGCUGAACUGUUUAAGAAAGUGGUGCCUUACCACUGCCUGGGCUGCAUCUGGUCCCAGCGGGACAAGAAGGGCAAAGAGCACCUGGCCCCCACCAUCCGCGCCACCGUCUCCCAGUUCAACAGCGUCACCAACUGCGUCAUUGCAACGUGCCUUGGGGACCGCUCCCUCAAACCGCAGCAGAGGGCCAAAGUGGUGGAGCGGUGGAUUGAAGUGGCUCGGGAGUGUCGCAUCCUGAAGAAUUUCUCCUCUCUCCGAGCCAUCCUCUCCGCCCUGCAGUGUAACGCGGUUCACAGGCUGAAGAAGACCUGGGACGAGGUGUCACGGGAGAGCUUCCGCACUUUCCACGAGCUGUCGGAAAUCUUCUCGGAUGAGAACAACCACUCGCUGAGCCGGGAGCUUCUCAUUAAGGAGGGGACGUCCAAAUUCGCCACCCUGGAGAUCAACCCAAAGAGGGCCCAGAAACGGCAGCAGCAGCAGCGGGAGAUGGGUGUGAUGCAGGGCACCAUUCCCUACCUGGGCACCUUCCUCACAGACCUAGUGAUGCUGGAUACCGCCAUGAAAGACUUCCUGGAUGGCGGGCUGAUCAACUUCGAGAAGAGAAGGAAGGAGUUUGAAGUCAUCGCCCAGAUCAAGCUGCUCCAGUCGGCCUGCAACAACUACAGCUUCACGCAGGAGGACCGCUUCGUGGAGUGGUUCCACGGCGUGGAGCGGCUGAGCGAGGCUGAGAGCUAUAGCCUCUCGUGUGAGAUCGAGCCCCUGUCCGAGUCGGCCAGCAACACGCUGAAGGCCAAGAAAAACACAGGCAUCAUCAAGCGAUGGAGCGACCGGCAGGUGCCGAGCGCUGAGCCCUGUGCCAGCGGCAGCUCCCAUUCCAAAUCCUUCGACCAGCUCAAGUGCGGGCAGUACCUGUGCAGCGGGGACACGGCCGACUCGGUCAGCGUCACCUCCGCUGGCUCCAGCAGCUCCGACGUGGAGGAGAUCAACAUCAGCUUCAACCCCGAGUCCCCCGACUGCCAGGAGAAGAAGGUACGGGGCAACUCGCUGGGCUCUCCUCGCGCCCAGGCGAUCCGGAGCCAGUUCUGGGAAUGCACCUCGCUCUCUUCCCUGGACACGUCGGGGAUCGGCUCUGGCUCCAGCAGUGCCUCCUCCUCCUCGGUCUCCUCCACCCCGGUGACGGCCUCGCGCACCCACAAGCGCUCCGUCUCGGGCAUCUCCAGCUAUUCCUCCCUCUCCCUCCCCCUCUACAACCAGCAGAUCGACGACUGCUGCAUCAUCCGGGUCAGCCUGGCCGUGGACAACGGCAACAUGUACAAAAGCAUCCUGGUGACGAGCCAGGAUAAGACCCCUGUGGUGAUUCGCAAAGCUAUGGCCAAACACAACCUGGAUGGGGACCGGCCGGAAGACUACGAGCUCGUUCAGAUCAUCUCUGAGGAAAGAGAGCUGAAGAUCCCUGACAACGCCAACGUCUUCUACGCCAUGAACUCUGCCGCCAACUACGACUUUGUGCUAAAGAAGAGGGGCUUCUCCAAGGGCGUGAAGAUCAAGCAUGGCUCCAGCUCCACCUUGCCCAGGAUGAAGCAGAAGGGCCUGAAGAUUGCCAAGGGCAUCUUCUAG